UCUAUAUAUAAUUAUAAUUAUAGGAACAAACACCACACAAACACAUAAACCCUAAAAAAGAAAGAACCAAACAGAAAUAGCAGCACCACCUCCUCCUCCUCCACAUUUUCCCUUCAUAAACGCCUUUUCCACGCCGUUACUUCUCUUAUCCUCCCCAUUAUACCAGCAUAACAUAUGCUCCUCCAACCUCCUCCUCACGCCGUCAACGUUUCUAGAAACUGUUUAUAAAUAGUACUAUCUUAUUACCAUUCCGUCCUUACUUCUCAGCGUUAUCCAUUACACAAACAAUGUCCCGUGUUGUAGCAGAUGAUCUCCCUCCUAGUAGAGAUACGGUGCCCUUUUACUCUCAAAAUCUAGAUCGACUCGAGUACUUCCCCACUCGCGCCUCCUCCGCCGUGUCCCCCACGCUCGGCCAAUUGCUCAAACGCGUUGGAGAUGUACGGAAAGAAGCCACUGGAGACGGCAGUGAGACGCCGGUUCAUCAAGUUCUCGAGCUCGGCAGCGACCCGAAUGUCGAGGCCCCGAGAUCAAUUCCAUUCGUUUUGUCAUUCAACAAUUUGACUUACAGUGUCAAAACGAAAUCACCAUCUAUACUCCGUCGCACGCGCCGCCGCAGCCACGACGUCGGCGCAGUUGCCGGCGAAAGCGUAUACACAAGGACAAAAACUCUCCUGAAUGACAUCUCUGGUGAGGCGCGCGACGGAGAAAUAGUGGCUGUUCUUGGGGCAAGUGGUUCUGGAAAAUCAACUUUAAUAGAUGCAUUGGCCAACCGGAUAGCUAAAGGAAGCUUGAAAGGGAAGAUAACGCUAAACGGCGAAAUAUUGGAGUCAAGAAUGUUGAAAGUGAUAUCUGCAUACGUGAUGCAAGAUGAUAUGCUUUUUCCAAUGCUCACUGUCGAAGAAACACUUAUGUUUGCGGCUGAGUUUCGGCUGCCGAGGAGUUUAUCAAAGUCGAAAAAGAAAAUGAGGGUCCACGCUUUGAUUGAUCAGUUAGGCCUGCGUAACGCAGCCAAAACUGUGAUCGGAGAUGAAGGUCACCGAGGUGUUUCUGGUGGAGAGCGGCGUCGUGUUUCUAUUGGAAUUGAUAUAAUUCAUGAUCCCAUUAUUCUUUUCUUGGACGAACCGACUUCCGGUCUUGAUUCUACCAGCGCGUUCAUGGUUGUGAAGGUGCUGCAGAGAAUAGCUCAGUCCGGGAGUAUAGUCAUCAUGUCCGUGCACCAGCCCAGUUAUCGGAUUCUUGGUCUGUUAGACCGGUUGGUCUUCUUGUCUCGUGGACAGACUGUUUAUAGUGGGCCUCCUAUAUAUUUGCCGUCUUUUUUUGCUGAAUUCGGACAUCCAAUUCCGGAAAAUGAGAACCGAACCGAGUUUGCUUUGGACCUUAUUCGAGAGCUUGAGGGUUCUCCAGGAGGUACUAAAAGCUUAGUGGAGUUCAAUAAAACAUGGCAGAGUACGAAGCACGCACCGAAUACUGAAGUGGAUUCACAUGGUUUGUCUUUAAAAGAAGCAAUAAGUGCAAGCAUUUCUAAAGGGAAGUUGGUUUCUGGUGCUACUAAUAAUGGUGCUGGCACUAAUUCAUUGGUGCCAACAUUUGCUAAUCCGGUUUGGAUUGAAAUGGCUGUUUUGUCGAAAAGAUCGGUCACUAAUUCAAGAAGAAUGCCUGAAUUGUUUGGGAUUCGAUUGGGUGCUGUUCUUGUUACUGGGUUCAUUUUGGCUACAAUGUUUUGGCAGCUUGAUAAUUCACCAAAAGGAGUUCAAGAGAGACUAGGGUUUUUCGCAUUUGCUAUGUCGACUACUUUCUACACUUGUGCUGAUGCCCUCCCUGUUUUCCUCCAAGAAAGGUACAUUUUCAUGAGAGAAACUGCGCACAAUGCUUACAGAAGAUCAUCUUACGUGUUGUCUCAUGCUCUUGUCUCUUUACCAUCUUUGAUUUUCCUCUCGCUUGCCUUUUCCGCCCUUACAUUUUGGGCUGUGGGCCUCGACGGAGGCCUUGCCGGAUUCUUGUUCUACUUCUUGAUCAUUUUCGCUUCUUUCUGGGCUGGGAAUUCCUUUGUUACAUUCUUAUCCGGUGUAGUCCCUCAUGUUAUGCUUGGCUACACCAUUGUUGUAGCAAUCUUAGCUUAUUUCCUUCUCUUCAGUGGUUUCUUCAUCAAUCGUGAUCGAAUCCCACCUUACUGGAUUUGGUUCCAUUACAUGUCACUCGUCAAAUACCCUUAUGAAGCCGUUUUACAAAAUGAAUUUCAAGACCCAGUUAAGUGUUUCGUCAGAGGAGUUCAGAUUUUUGACAACACUCCAUUAGGAGCUGUUCCAACACCAAUGAAAGUAAACUUGCUAGCUACUCUGAGCAAUACAUUGGGAAUGACGAUUACAAGCUCAACAUGUUUAACGACAGGAUCAGAUAUAUUGCAACAACAAGGGAUUACUGAUCUAAGUAAGUGGAAUUGCUUGUGGGUAACAGUUGCUUGGGGAUUCUUGUUCAGGAUUUUAUUUUACUUCUCUUUGCUCAUUGGUAGCAAGAACAAGAGAAGGUAAGACAAAGAAUUAAAGGGGAAUCAACAUACGGCGAUUAAUGUAUUAAUUUAUGUAAUUUCUAUUUUUUUUUUCUUAAGAAUUCGACCGUUGUUUUUAAAAACAAAAAAUUGAAUUUCAGA